GCUGACGAGCCUGCGCCUGUGGGGAGUUACAGUCAGAGGAAAGAAGAAGAAGAAAAGCUGUUGCAAAAUCUCGCUCAGCAGUUGCAGAAUCUUGUUCUUGUCUUGGAUCAGGAUAACACGACAAAGAAGUCCUCAGUGGAUAAGCACCAUCGGAAGGGUCCUCACCCAGAAGAUGAAAAUGAAGAAGAGGAUGAGAGUGAAGAUGAAAAAAGCAGUGAGGAGAAGGACAGUGAGGAAGCAGAUGAUGAUGAUGAUGAGGAUGAAUUGCUGGAUGAUCCAAACGUUAAAGAAUGUAUCGCAGUUGGGAGCUUUGAUGCACAGCAGGAAGGGGACCUCACAUUCACGAAAGGGGAAAUCCUGCUCAUACAUGACAAGAGGGCAGAUGGCUGGUGGGUAGCUGAGAACUCCAGAGGGGAGAGAGGCCUCGUCCCUAGAACCUAUCUCGCGGUCCAUAAGGAAGAUGACGAAAGCCAAGAGCAAAGUGAAGAACACGUAGAAGUGGUGGAUGAAACAGCAGAUGGAACUGAAAUCAAAAAAAGAACAGACUCUCACUGGAGUGCUUUAAGAAGAGCUGUCACAGAGAACGACACAGUAGAGGUACUGACAACCAUAGGAGCUGUUCCUGCAGGAUUCCGCCUGUCCACACUUUUCCAGCUCUUGGAGGAAGGCAAUCAAUUUCGAGCAAGUCACUUUCUGCAGCCUGAACUUACUCCAUCACAACUGGCUUUCAAAGACCUGGUGUGGAAUGCUGAAAAAGAUACUAUCUCUCCCAGACCAACUCGAGUAUCCCUGGUUGUAACUUUAUGUGGCUGUAAAAUGAUUCCCCUCCCAGGAGUCAGCAUACAGGUCCUCAGCAGGCACGUUCGACUCUGCCUCUUCGAUGGCAACCGGGUGCUGAGUAACAUUCAUACAGUGAGGGCUACGUGGCAACCUAAAAACCCUCAAACCUGGAGCUUUUCUCCAAAGGUAACAGGCAUUCUACCCAGCUUGCUGGAUGGAGACUGUUUUGUCAGGUCCAACUCCCUGGCUGCAGACAUUGGUCUGUUGUUCGAACUUGGCAUCACUUACAUUCGCAAUUCAACAGGUGAAAGAGGAGAGAUGAGCUGUGGAUGGGCCUUCCUGAAGCUUUUCACUUCUAAUGGGAUGCCUGUUCCUGCCAAGAUGUACGAGCUGCCGCUGAAUGGUGGGACUCCCUGUGAGAGAGGUGUCGAGGUUGACCCAUCAAUAUCAAGAAGAGGCAGUGGUGUUUUCCAUCAGUUCAUAGCACUCAAGAAACAGCCUGUGCUGCUACUGAAACUGAGGUCAUUGAGUGUGCAGUCAAAAGACAUCCUGAAUUUGCUCCCAGAAACACUAAUUGGCAGCAUGUGCUACAUCCAUCUCCUGAUAUUCUAUCGACAAAUCCUUGGUGAUGCACUCCUGAAAGACAGAAUAAGCCUGCAAAGCACAGAUUUAAUCUGUAGUCCUAUUUUAGCAACUUUCCCUCAACUCAUGGAUCAGCCAGACCUGAUGGAUGCACUUCGGAGUGCUUGGGCAGAUAGAGAAAGAACACUGAAGAGAUCUGAGAAG